GAUAGGGGAUAGAUAGAACACCCAUCCUCUGAUGCUAGAUAAGCAUGAGGAUAGCGUGUGAAUUUUGAGACUCAGAGGAGGGAUAAGGUGACAUUAGGGCAUGGCCUGGACCAUUUGCAGCGUAGGGCCUAGGAUGCGGACUCCGGGAGCAGGAACAGCCUCUGUGGCCUCAUUGGGGCUGCUUUGGCUUCUGGGACUUCCGUGGACCUGGAGCGCGGCGGCGGCGUUCGGUGUGUACGUGGGUAGCGGUGGCUGGCGCUUUCUGCGUAUCGUCUGCAAGACGGCGAGGCGAGACCUCUUUGGCCUCUCUGUUCUGAUCCGCGUGCGGCUAGAGCUACGACGACACCGGCGAGCAGGAGACACGAUCCCACGCAUCUUCCAGGCCGUGGCCCAGCGACAGCCGGAGCGCCUGGCGCUGGUAGAUGCGAGUAGCGGUAUCUGCUGGACCUUCGCACAGCUAGACACCUACUCCAAUGCUGUGGCCAAUCUGUUCCUCCAGCUGGGCUUUGCGCCAGGCGAUGUGGUGGCUGUGUUCCUGGAAGGCCGGCCCGAGUUCGUGGGACUGUGGCUGGGCCUGGCCAAGGCCGGUGUAGUGGCUGCGCUUCUCAAUGUCAACCUGAGGCGGGAGCCCCUUGCCUUCUGCUUGGGCACAUCAGCUGCCAAGGCCCUCAUUUAUGGCGGGGAGAUGGCAGCGGCGGUGGCGGAGGUGAGUGAGCAGCUGGGGAAGAGCCUGCUCAAGUUCUGCUCUGGAGAUCUGGGGCCUGAGAGCGUCCUGCCUGACACGCAGCUUCUGGACCCCAUGCUUGCUGAGGCGCCCACCACACCCCUGGCACAGGCCCCAGGCAAGGGCAUGGAUGAUCGGCUAUUUUACAUCUAUACUUCUGGGACCACCGGACUUCCUAAGGCGGCCAUUGUGGUGCACAGCAGGUACUACCGCAUUGCAGCCUUCGGCCACCAUUCCUACAGCAUGCGGGCCAACGAUGUGCUCUAUGACUGCCUACCUCUCUACCACUCAGCAGGGAACAUCAUGGGCGUGGGACAGUGUAUCAUCUACGGGUUAACGGUGGUACUGCGCAAGAAGUUCUCCGCCAGCCGCUUCUGGGACGACUGUGUCAAAUAUAAUUGCACGGUAGUGCAGUACAUCGGUGAAAUAUGCCGCUACCUGCUAAGGCAGCCGGUUCGCGAUGUAGAGCGGCGGCACCACGUGCGCCUGGCCGUGGGUAACGGACUGCGGCCAGCCAUCUGGGAGGAGUUCACGCAGCGUUUCGGUGUGCGACAGAUUGGCGAGUUCUACGGCGCCACCGAGUGCAACUGCAGCAUUGCCAACAUGGACGGCAAGGUCGGCUCCUGCGGCUUCAACAGCCGUAUCCUCACGCAUGUGUACCCCAUCCGUCUGGUCAAGGUCAACGAGGACACGAUGGAGCCACUGAGGGACUCCCAAGGCCUCUGCAUCCCGUGCCAGCCCGGGGAACCUGGCCUUCUCGUGGGCCAGAUCAACCAGCAAGACCCUCUGCGGCGCUUCGAUGGCUAUGUUAGUGACAGCGCCACCAACAAGAAGAUUGCCCACAGCGUGUUCCGAAAGGGGGACAGCGCCUACCUUUCAGGUGACGUGCUAGUGAUGGACGAGCUGGGGUACAUGUACUUCCGUGACCGCAGCGGGGAUACCUUCCGAUGGCGCGGCGAGAACGUAUCCACCACGGAGGUGGAAGCCGUGCUGAGCCGCCUGUUGGGCCAGACGGACGUGGCUGUGUAUGGAGUGGCUGUGCCAGGAGUGGAGGGGAAAGCCGGCAUGGCGGCCAUUGCAGACCCCCACAACCAGCUGGACCCUAACUCAAUGUACCAGGAAUUGCAGAAGGUUCUUGCAUCCUAUGCCCAGCCCAUCUUCCUGCGUCUUCUGCCCCAAGUGGAUACAACAGGCACCUUCAAGAUCCAGAAGACCCGGCUACAGCGUGAAGGCUUUGACCCCCGCCAGACCUCAGACCGGCUCUUCUUUCUAGACCUGAAACAGGGACGCUACCUACCCCUGGAUGAGAGAGUCCAUGCCCGCAUCUGCGCAGGCGACUUCUCACUCUGAGCCUGAUGACCUGCUGAAGUGCAUGAAUGGACCUGCCCUACAGAUCCAAAACUACAGGAUCUCCACAACAUCCAAGAAGAGUCCCAGGGAACUUCCAGUAUUAAUAGAGUAGCAGAAGCCAGAGGCGGCCUACCAGAUCAAGUCAUUUUAAUGAGCAUUUGCAAGUAAAGAAGUGUGUACAACAGGUUAUUCUGUGGAACACACUGUAACACACUAUAGCUUCCAAUGAGAUUUUUUUCUAUUGGGGGUGGUGUAAGGGUGGUGGGGAGAUGAGAUGGAUUAGGGUGCAUGAUGUGAAUUCAUACAGAAACAAAGGUUUUUAAAAUGUACUCAAAGGCCUGAAUGGGGGCACAAGCCUUUAAUCCCAGCAUUUGGGAAGCAGAAGCAGGCAGGUCUUUGUUUGAGGCCAGCCUACUCUACAGAGUGACUUCCAGAACAACCAGGGCCACAACAACAACAGUCACUCUUAAACAACAACAAAGUUCUUGCAGUGUUUCACAGUGUAUAACUUGCUACUUGAAGCCAUCCAUGGGCACUCAAGGCUGUAGGUUUGGGAUUAGGGUGCAGCCAAUGAUCCAGCCUGGACUUAGCAUUCAGCAGGCCCUGGAUUUAGUCCCAGCACAGUGACCGACUGCAUUUUGGAGCUCUCCUGAGUUCGGGAGGGUGACACAUUAUCAGUCGUCUUUUGGGUGCAAUGGCUCAGUGGUUAAGAGUACUCGUUGGGCUUGCUUCCUUCCUUCCUUCCAUGCAACGAUCUAACUCAGACCCAGGGUCUCCUGGACUCUGCACACACUUGGCACAGAGAUACUCAUGCGGGAGAAACAGCCAUGCUCAUUGAAAAAAAAUAAAUUAAGCAAAAAUAAAGGAGUAAAUUAAGAGAGAGGAACCAGAGGGGGUUUAUUUGGGUCUUCAUGGUGGAAGCAGCUGUCUGUCACCUUCUCACUGAUCUACUUGGGUCAAGGCUCUUAACAGUCCCAAAGUUUCCGUAUGUGGGCCACUGGGAGCCACCUGUUGAAGCACAUGAAUGGGGGCAGUUUCACACCCAAAUGCAGAUGUUUUCAACUGUUGGGCAGCAGUUGUCCCGGGGAGUCCUCUUUCUGCUGUGGGCAGCUGUGAGCGGAAGGCAGCGGAGUGUCACUGCAUCCGCUUUCGUAACACAAAAAAAGGGGUGUCGGGGGGUUGGGGAUUUGGCUCAGUGGUAGAGUGCUUGCCUAGCAUGCGCAAGGCCCUGGGUUCGGUCCCCAGCUCCGAAAAAAAAAAAAAAAGGGGUGUCGGGAUAGGCGAAUGUGGGGAGGGCCGUGCAGGCACAGGGACAUCAUAAGUGUGUGUGUAUGACAAGAGUCCCACUGCUUAGCCCAAUCUGGCCUCUAACUCGGGCUAGCCGCCUGCCUUUGCCACCUGAGGGCUAGCAUGAGUGUAGGUCAUCACGCCUGGCUUAUUGACCUUAUCACACUGCAGCUGGCGCACUCUGUGUGUCCAACCGCACCCCGGAAACCCGCUACACCCUCAAGAGUGCAGGUGCAUUCAGGUCACCUCAGCCCUCAAGUCGAGGAAGGACGAUCAGGAGCGUGAAGCCAGCCGGAGCUACAUGACUCCGUCUUAAAAAACUAAAUAAAAUGCGAGAAAUCGGUCCAGGAAGGCGUCCCCAGUUCAGGGAAGCACUGUGGAUUGCCCGCCCACCACCCACCCCAAAACCCUGAGGCGCACUGUGGCUUCGCUUCAUCUGCGCAACUGCACAUGCGCCUAUGGCCUUGGCUCAAAGUGCUCGGACCCAUGGCAGCUCGGCCGUCGCGCAGGCGCACUGGCGUACUGGCCUCUGCCCGGAGCGCUGUCGCCUCCCCGCCGCCAUGGCCGCACCCGCGCCCGGUCUCAUCUCGGUCUUCUCCAGCCCACAGGAGCUGGGCGCAUCGCUGGCGCAGCUGGUGGCGCAGCGGGCCGCUAGCUGCUUGGAAGGGAACCGUGGCCGCUUCGCUCUUGGCCUGUCAGGCGGCAGCCUGGUCUCCAUGCUGGCCCGAGACCUACCCGCCGCCACUGCUCCCGCGGGGCCCGCCAGCUUUGCACGCUGGACGCUCGGCUUCUGUGACGAGCGCCUCGUGCCCUUCGACCACGCCGAAAGCACGUACGGCCUCUACCGGGUGAGCGCUGCGGGGGCGCACACCGUCCGGGCUACGGGGGCCGCCUUGGGCCACGCGAAGUCGGCUCAGCCUUCCGUGGAAACGCAGGCUACGGGGGCCGCCUUGGGCCACGCGGAGUCGGCUCAGCCUGCCGAGGAAACUCCAGGAUCUGCUUCUACGCCUACCCGCGGGUUCCGGGACCCACGGGGUGUUGCUGGAUGCGCAGUGAUGUCCAUCCAAGUCCAGCCUUUUGGGCCUCCGUCCCUCGUAUCUUCCUGAGGGCCGUACCUCGGCUGUAAGGCUUCGUGGGUCAUGGUUGUGCUUUCAGCCUGCCUCUAGUGUCCAGAGUGUGUUGGGCCUCAGUUUCCUUUAACAGGAGCCGUUGGCCAUCGCCUCCCAGCAGCCUGGGAUAUGAUGGCCACCAGGCGCCCUAUAGGGUACCGAGAUCCCUGUUUCACACACAGGGAAACAGGCCUGGACGAUUGAGCUCCGAGCACACUUGGAUGACUGCCACCACCUCCUAGGGGAAGCUGACCCAGUGCCAUGCAUGGGCUCUGAAGCAGGGGAGGGGCCAUUACACUUACUUCAAGGUGGGGAAACAGAAGAUUCAUGUCUCCUUGGCCCUCAUCUAGGGACCUAAAACUGUACCACUUUGAACACGGUGCCUGUCAAAGAACUUCACUGAACAGUGGACUGUGGGUGCUAGCACAAGGCUCAGUUGGUUGGUAGGGUGCUUGCCUAGAAUGCAUAAGGUCCAGGCUUCAUUUCCAGCAUCAUAUAAAAAUGGUGGUACACUCCUGUCAUCCCAGCAAUGAGGAAGUAGAGGCUGGAGGAUCAGAAGUUCAAGGUCCUCCUCAGUUGGAGGCCAGCCUGUGCUACAUGAGACCAUUUUGAUGCUGCCCACCCAAGGAAAAUAAAGCUAAGAUUCCCUAAGUAGGUCCCUCUGA